AUGAAGUCAGCUACAGUUGCACUAUCACUCGUCGCAGCAGCGUGGGCGUCCACGUCCUCCUCCUCCGCACUCAUCCCUGCCGGUAUCAGCGCGGGCUGCACGACCUUCCUCACCUCCUUCAACUCCGACUCGACCCUCGCAGCCUGCACCGCCCCGCUCAUCAGCGCCACCGCGCAGUUCGGCGCGACCGCAAACGCAAGCGCGUCCCCGACCUCGUCCACCGUCAAGACCGCCCUCGCCGACCUGUGCGGCGCGUCGUCCGCAUGCAGCCCCACGACCAUCCGCUCGACCCUCACGGGGAUGUACGCUGCCUGCGUCGACGAGCUCACGAGCGGUUUGAACGCGGACGUGCUGAGGACGUACGACGUGCUCUAUUCGAUCGUCCCGCUGGCGAAUGCGAUGUGCAGCAAGGACGAUAGCGGCGAUUACUGCGUGCUCGACAUCAGUGCCAGCGGGAACAGCAGCAGCAGCAGCAACUCUACGAACGACGCCGCCGCGUCGCACAGCAGCAGCACCUUCAGCAACAUCUCCCAGUACCUCUGGUCCUCCUCAUCCUCCUCCUCUAGCUCGUCCAAUUCCUCGCUCGCGCGCCGCGACGACUCCACACAGACACCCAUCAGCAUCGUCCCAAACGUGACCACCUUCAGCAGCAACAACAUCCUCUUCCUCUUCCUCUCGCCAGACCUCUCCUCCUCCGAGCUCUGCACCUCCUGCGCGCGCAACGUCCUCUCCGCCUACAUCGACUUUGAGAGCACCGUCCCGUACGCGCCCGGCCUCGCCGUGAGCACGCUCAUGAAGGGCCAGACGGCGCUGUACAAGUCCGUCAUGAACAUAUGCGGCGAGAACUUCCUCAGCGGCGCCGCGGAGGCCGCGGGCUCGCUCUCCGGUGGACUGCUCGGUAACGGCGCACACAGGAGCGUUGGCGGCGUCGGUUCAACGUAUGUCGCUGCACUCGCGGGAGUCGCCGCGUUCGCGAUGGCGGCCUCCACGGUGCUGUGA